UUUGUAAGAUGUACACGUCGAAGUUUUACUAUCUAUACUCGAUUAACACAAAAAUCCAAUCUGAGAAGUAUUAGUUUUGUAUGACUGGUUUCCCUUUUCACGUUCUUGUUUUCGAUCGUCCCUUCUAGUCUACAUUUGGUACGACUUUAUAUUCUUAUCUAGCUAUUCACUCCUAAAUUGGUCAUGAUCCAGGAACAUCAAACUCCAUUUUAUCGCUAUUUAUAUGGCGAUAAUAAGCAAGAUAAACUUCAAAGUUGUUCCAUUUGGUAUGAAUUAAGGAAAGAGGAAACGACCAUGAUGAUGAGCAAGAUUUCGAAGAGAAAUAUAUUAUCAGGAAAACAAAAGAAAAAAGACAACGAGGGUAGGAAGAAAAACCGACUAUUGAUUACUGUUAAUGUGCUAGGGAGUCCAGGGCCAUUGAGGUUGUUGGUGAACCAAGAUGACACAGUUUCAACUGUUAUCGAUUCAUCUCUUAAACUGUAUGCUCGUGGUGGAAGGCUUCCAGUUCUUGGAUCUGAUUUCAAGAAUUUCUUACUCUAUACAUCAAACGCAACAUCAGAUGCACUGAGUUCAAAUGAAAUAAUAGGGUUAUGUGGUGAGAGGAACUUUGUGUUGUCCAAGAAGAUGACGACUAAUCUACCAAUAGCCAAAAGUAGGACUGAUACGAUCGCUCAUGCGCAGGCAGAGAGUCGUAGUUGGAAAUCGUGGCUCCAUAGUCUGAAUAAGUCAUGCAAGAUUAUAUCACAUUGAUGUAACUGCUUCAAAGCUAUCAAAUGUUUUUCAUGGUAAAUAAAAAACAAAAGCGGAAUGAAAUGGUACUUUUUUUUCA